AUGGCUACUCUGCAUCAUCAACUGAUCUACAGACUCCAAGAUCACGCCGUUGAUCUUCCUUUACCAGGACAGUCUGAAGAUACCAUCCUGAUCACUGCGGAACGCGAAGAUGACAUUCCAACCAUUCUGCAGAUCCCACGGCAAAUCCCUAGAGAAGAACUGAAAGAUCUCAUUCCUCUUGAAUGGAUCUCCAGCUAUGAGCAGCUUCAUCAACAGUCCUCACCGAUCCAUCUUUCAGAUCCAAAAUUCCAAAGACUUCCAGAUGGUACGGUAAAGACGGUUUUCAACCCGAAAGACACGGCAUCAUCCAGUACACCUCCGGUGUUCCAGUCAUUAAUGAUCAGACCUGUUACUUUCGAGGAUGACAUUCCAGUCAGUCAUGUUGAAGCAGACGGAUCUCCUAUCUAUACAGACAAAAUUGAAGGUCACUUCAUAUGGGAUGUUGACCCAUCCAUGUGCGAUCCAGACUGCUCAUGCCGUCAAAAACAACAAAGAGAAACUAAACCAUCCUGCAAACCGUUUUCUCCCAACAGAAAACCCGAUGACCCAUCCAGCCCAUGGAUAGGCAUCCGACGCCCAGAUCCAAAACCGAAACCCUUGUGGAUCUACGAUAGAGCCCUUGAAAUUCUUCGAGAAGAAGGUCUCCUUCCUCCUGAAGAACCUGAACCAGAACCAUAUCAAACUGAACCCUACCAAACUCCAGUUUCCAUACCUCCAGAAGCCUAG